UGGCUCAAGCUCCGCGGGCACAGCUGCUCGGCCCAGGCCCAUGCGCGAAGCCGUGGCGAGGACAGGUUGGCGGGUUGCAGGAUGCUCUUCAGCAAGGCCAUCGAGGCGGCUAUCCAGCCCUGGGUCGCGGUACCAGCAAAAGGCCCCAUCGGCGAAGAGGCGCAUGUCAUCCUGGAGAUCCAGCGCUUCGCCGAGGUGGUGUCCAACGGCUCGGAGGUGAUCCUCACUUUCUCGGGUUCCGAGAAGGAGGCCUACCUGGCAGAAGCGCUGGUCGCCGGAGGUCUCUCAGGCAGUGUCGAUUUGCCCCGCAUGCUCCGCGCCUUGCGCGCAGCCACAGGGGCAGGCAGCGCCUGGGCGCCGUUGUGGCUGGGAGAUGUGGAACGCCUCCAGAUGCAAGAGCGCGCCGAGGACAGGGCAACGGUGGAGCGCUGCUGCCGGAGGUGGUACUUGGAGGCUGUCGCGCGUGGGCAUCCGGAUGCCCUUCACCGGCUCAACAUGCUGCAGGCCGGGGGCUUGGCGCAAAGCUCGCCGCCCAUGAACGCGGACAACCUUUGUGACAUCUCCGCGGGCUUUGCGAGCGAGGAGCUCUGCCCAAUGGAGGGUGCGAUCCAGGAGCCUCCGGCCCACCUCGCCAGCGCCUUCGCAGGCAGCGGGGCUCUUGGCCACCAGGAGCUGGGAGUGUUUCCCCGCGCGAGGCCCCACUCUCGCCUUUGAGGAGCAAGCGAGAAGCUCCGCUUUAUGCAAGUUAUGCUGGGCCUCGGAAAGGCAGGCUGCAAAACACAC